AACCGUUUUCUCGACAACCCCUCCCGCUGCUCAUGGCUCACAGAGAGUCUCAAACCUAUCAGACACCACCGUUACCGGGAAAUACGGAGGAUGAUGAAAAUUCAACUUCUGUCGAUGCUGGCAGAGACAAUCAUUCCGCAGACCACGUUCAUUGGGAUUUUGACGCUCCUCGGUUCUGGGAUUUGAACAAUCCUGAUGCAGGAACCGGAUUUGAUGAUACAUGGUUUGCUCGACGACCUGUAACGCCAAAUACCGCAUCGCCUUCGCAUCGGCCGUUUAGCGAACGAAAGCCGCGUCGAAGUGGAGUUAAAGGCUCACCUUUGCGUCUAAUGAAAACCCCUCCCCACCAACACCAAGCCAGUGAAGAAUCCAUGACCUUCUUUGAUCUCCCAGCCACUCCACUCAUGUCCAAGACUUUGAAUCACAGCACGUCUCACUAUGCUACACCUACUGCCGGGAAACCCACCCAAGGCGAUCACACAGAUUUGGAUAUACCACUUUCUCCCUUUUUGAGUGCUGAUCUUAUUACCUCGUCGACUCCAGCCACUAAACCAGCUGCUAUACCUACACUACCUGCUCGCGCAACAGCGUUUAGUACAUCGAGACAACAGUUUAUAGAUCGACAACAGAAGCACCAUGAGGAAAGUGAAAAGGAAAUCAGCGAAUCUGUUCCCCGAGGAACCAAGAGAUCGAAUGAUGAUAUGGGUCGAGAUGAACAGAAUCAGGAAUUCGGACCCGUCAUCGAUAACAUUAAGCGACGAAUAUCCACCAUUGUAUUCAAAUGCACCAAUCGUGACAUAACGACACCAUUACGACGACGAUCUUUAUUGCGGGAUCUAAAAAGCCGUUCAGACGAGGUUGUGGAUAAAGAAGAUAAAGAUGCAACUGAGGCCCUGGCUAUGUUGAAGGAAGCUAUCAAAGGAGCUCGAGAGCAGGAAUCAAUCAUUUUGGAUAGCCCUUCCGACGACGAACGAUACGAUACCCCUCCCACUGAUAAUAUACCUUCUUCAACAACACAACGCGAAAUAGUUCGAGGGACAGAUCCUUCCAUGUAUAUGAAGGAAUCUCCCAUCGUCACUGACGGAGAGCGUCGCUAUAUCACAGUAUACCUACCACGGGAGCCCAACGUCCCUGAACAUCGCCGCACGUCUCUGUUCCGAUCGCCUCAUACCAGCUUUAUAUCAAGUCGACGAGAGGAAACUGAAAACCCUUUUGAAGUGAACGGUGCUGAACGGGAAUCUUGGGAAAAACCUCUGGAGCAUAAGACUGGAAGUACUUCUGCACGAUUGGCUUCGCUCAAUGACCGACUGCGGCGAGCAGAAUUUGCUCACUCUCCAAAAAAGAUUAAAUCGUUAGAGCGACCAAGGUCACCAUACCUUCCCUUUAAGCCUACCGUUGCUAAUGGCCCGAGUUUGGAAACAAGCAAACGUGUAAAGAACAGCAAUGUCAUGAGUGCAGAGGACCGCGAAUUGGAGGAAGCUCGUAAACAUCAGUUUAAGGCUCAUCCCGUGAACCGACGUGUUUUGGAAAGUAAGGGCCAUCUGGGUGUGCCUGAGGCAAAGUCAUCGCCCACCACCAUCGCCCACUCGCCUGCGUUCCAUACAUUAUCCCGGCACUCUCACUAGCGUGUCCGCCGUCUGCAGGCCUGUAAAUAAUACUUUUGUCUUUCUAUCAAUACAUCGCUGAUCCUAAUCUAUUUCGGCAUUAACUAUUUCGAGGGCUAUGUAUUUAUUGAUAAUAAUGGUAUUUGGGUGUGUGCGGCAUCACAUAAGGUGUAGGUAUAGAGAUAAUUACAAACAGAAGGAGGUCAAGAUGGGGAUUAUGGUGAAAGAGUCAUGGCGACUAUUAUGCACGCCUUGUUUCACGAACUGGAAGAUGCGAUUUGGCAUUGGUUUC